AUGACCAGAGACCGGGGUUAUUAUAAUCCUGGUAAUGAUUCCUUCGGAUAUAAUUCUAGACGGAAUAACGACUACUGGUUAGGCCCUAGUAAUUCAGGGAACAGAAACGACUCUUACGGAUACAAGAAUCAAGGACAAUCGAGGAAUUUCGCAAAUUCUUCAAAAUCUAGAUACGGAGAUCAAAAUAAGGAUAGUACUCCAGUGAUUUGUAAACAUUUCGCUUUACUAGAUCAAUGUAGAUUUGGUAACAAGUGUUCGUUUUUGCACACUGUAAAGCGUAUAUUAUAUAUGCAAGAUGUGUUCAAGGGCGGAGUGUACUGCUCAACGCUGAGAAUGACAGCAGACAACGCUAUCGAGUUCUUUGCAUGUGGUCACGGACCGACAAUCAAACGCUUUAAGUUCCAUAGCAACAACGCAAACGAGAUCCAAACGACAACAUACCCUAAUAUAACUAUUCAGAUGCCACCAGGACAAGGGAACCAAAAUAACACAGUUAGAACCAGAGUUAAAGGCCCUGUCACGGAUCAAGCAAUUCAUAGUUUAUUGUUUAUGGACGACUGUCUGUUUGCCGGCUUAAGAACAGGGCAUAUUUGUGUCCACCACCUCCCCAGUGGCACCUUUACAAUGCUUGAAGGCCACGACUCCUCUGUAAGUUCAAUUAUCGUAAUCGAAGGGAUUGUUCUAUCCUCAUGCGAAAGUGGCAAAAUUAAUCUUUGGAGGUUCGAUUCCGGUGCAUUCACCUGCAUCAACUCGCUCCACACAAAUUCUAAAAUCAAUUCACUUUUGGAGGUCAUUUGCGACGUCUCAACACCAACGGCCAGCCAACCACGGCUUCUCUGGGCUGGCGGCUCCGUUAUCAAUAUUAUCGACCUUGCUUCCCUAACUGUUGUUAAAUCUAUCCAGCUUCCAUCUAACGUUGUCGUUAAGUGUUUCAAGAGAUAUGGAGGACAUGUAAUUGUUGGAUUUUCCAAUGGGUACUUGAAGGUGUUUACUCCUCUCGGUGAUGAGGUGUACAUGUCAUCGAACGAUAGUGGCAGCAUAACUGCUAUGGAUGGAAUGCAAACUUCUGAGGGCGAUCUCCUUCUGGUGGGAAGCCGGUCUGGAGAACUGACUGUUGUCCAGCUCCCCUCGUUUAAUCUUCAGUACCUUCUAAUGUGCCACAUUGACGGCCACAAAAAAUCUGGAAUCAGUAAAAUUGCUCCCAUUGGGGCUCAACACUUUCUCACCACCGGGUAUGACGGAAACGUGUCAUUCUUCAUGUGGAACAACCCUGUUUGA